GUACGAUGAAAGGAUGCUGGAGCUCGAGAAAGAAACAGAGAUGAUCAAUGAUGGUAAGACGCAUGAAAGGGUUUCGUGCAUUACAGACCGAUGUCCAAAUGCCUACUUGCGACUAAAUGGAUUUCUUCCUUAGGGACACAUCCGGAAUUGUCGAGAAAAAUGAAGGAAAUUGAAGAAAAACGAGAGCAGAGGCUUCGGAUAGCCAAAGCAUGGAGAACCCACAUGGGUGAAAUUGCACAAUGCGAGUUUGAGAUCAAAGAAUACCAAGCACACUGCACGUACCAGUCCAAAAAGCGAGAGUUGCGCAACGAUAUAGCUACAGAGACAGGCAGGAAAAUGCGGAAAGUGCAGUUAGAUCUCGAUUUCUCUUCCGAAAGCCGUAGACGAAAACUCUAUGCAGAUAAAGUUUCCUUACUUCGCUCGCGGAAACAACGACGAGCCGAGGUGUAUGAACUAUGGGCUAUAAAUGAGCAUAUUGGAUUCCCUUGUAGUACCAAACUUCGAGCAAUUUCUAGUACAGAGUUAGACGAGGAUUUUGAUUCCAUGGGUCUCCCGCGACCAUCUUUAGAACAGCCCAGCACAUCGGAUUAUGCACCCCAGUAUCAGCAUCCUCAUCAUCAGCACCAACAGGAUCAACAGUAUCCUAAUCGAUCAUCACAGAGCUCCAUGUCCUCACCAAGGCCGAAUACUGGUGCCCCCAUUACCGCCGUGGAUUAUGGUGGGCAUGCUGCGCAGGCAACUGCUGCUCAAAGAUGGAACGCAUCGACAGAUUAUACACCAACCUUACACCAUAAUAAUGAACAUUUCGGUAUCUACAGGAAACCCAUGCGCACAUAGUUUGAACUUCAUUUUAAAAAGUAAAAAGUAAAAGGUGCUUGUUAAUUCAUU